AUGAAAACUGGUGAUAAAUGCGCAAUAUUAAAAUAUCGAAUAUAAAAGGAAGCACUUCAUGUCCAGACGAUUAGUAUAGCAAUUGUCUGCGAUUGUAAAAUGUCUAAGAUAGUCUUGUUGUUGUUCGGCAUUGCCUGUUUGGCAGUUGUUCAGGGUUUGCCUCACUCUCAACCAUGUAACGGUGGCGGUGGCAGCUACGGCGGCAGCUACAGUCGUUAUCCAAGAUAUCCACCUUAUCCACCACCUUAUUAUCCACCACCACCAACAGGAACAGCCCCAGCGCCAGCUCCAGCACCAGCUCCAGCUCCAGCACCAGCUCCAGCCCCUGCAACUGGAAUGCAAGGACCACCACUAACACCACAAGAACAAGCUACAUUGAACGAGCUUUACGCCAAAUAUGUUGCUGCAAAUACACCAGUUGCACCACCAGCAUAAGAUGGAUUGGAUUUGUGGGGAACAUUCAUACACUAAAUCUGUUUGUUUUAGUGCAGUACUUUGUUAAUAAUAAAAAUCCAAAUAAAACAAAAA